AUGGGUCCCAACCUGCUCCUGCUACUGCUCCUGGGACUAGCAGGUAAGGGCUCAGCUGAGGAGCUGCAGGCCCCGGCGGGGGGCUCCCUUCAGGUGGACUGUCUCUACCAGCUCCAGGACAUCAGGUCUAGGAAGGUGUGGUGCCGGUUCUUGCCGGAGGGGUGCCAGCCUUUGGUGUCCUCAGCAGUGGAUCGCAGAGCCCCAGGGCACAGCCGAACGUUUCUCACCGACCUGGGGAGCGGCCUGCUCCGGGUGGAGAUGAUUGACCUGCGGGAGGAGGACGCUGGGGAGUACGGCUGCAUGGUGGAGGGGGCCUCUGGGCCCCAGACGGUGCGCAGCGUGACUCUGAGAAUCCUCCCCACAGCUCCUGGCCUGAAAGAGGAAGAGGAGGUUGGAAGUUUGGCUGAUGACCCUUCCUCAGAUCCUGCAGGCAGCGCCAGACCUCUGGAACCCAGGCAGGAUAAGAGCAUCCUCCUGAUCUGGGUCUCUGUGCUCCUGCUGGGCUUGCUGGUGGUGGCAGUGGUGCUGUUUGCUGUCGUGGCCAGAAAGAAAGGGAACAGGCUUGUUAUCUGUGGCCAAUCCCAGAGCAGAAGAGGUCCAGGCAUGGUGCCUUCUUCAACGGUCCACAUUGAUGAUUCUGGACUGGCUGUAGAUGUGCCAUCGAACAUACCAUAUGCGAGGCUUGACUCACCACCUUCCUUUGACAAUUCUACCUAUACCAGCCUAAACCUUGAGCCCCCAUCAGGGAAACCCCCAUACCCAGCCCCUUCCUCCUCACCCGCUUUGACUCCUAAGGUCCUGAGCUGCUCCAAGCCUGUGACAUAUGCCACAGUCAUCUUCCCUGGAGGGGACAAGAGUGGAGGGGCCUCCUGGGAGCCAGCCCAGGAUCCUCCUAAGAGCCAGACCCCACCCAGCUGAGCUGCUGCUCCCCAUACUGUGUGCUCAUGGAGACCAUCCCAGGCUUCUUUCCGUGUGUCCACCCAGCCAGUCCAUGACCUACACCCUUGGUGUGUCAGAGCAACUAGGGAUGUCAGGGUCUAAUCUAAUGUCG